AUGGCCCAGGGCCGCUCUUCAUCAGAUCCUCUUAUAUCGCACGGGCGCCACUUUGGUCGAACGGUGUUUGCGCUCUGCAACUAUCCCUCUCUACUUACCAAUGGCAUCCUCAGACUGGAACAAAUGAAAGAAAUUCCUCUGGAAGAUUUCUGCACUGAGAAUGGUUCCGAAGAGGAAAUUUUGCACGUUGGAGAACUAAUUUCCCUGAAAGGAGCUGCAAUUCAGCCUCCUUUACAUAGGAACUCAAAGAUCAAUUGUGGAUUCAACCACAAACUUACCGGGUCACUACUUUGCCCCGCUGGGUUGGACUGGCACGACGCAGAGACGAGAGAGAAUCUCUGCAGUGGUGAAAUCAUGGUCUGUGGAGACCAAUGGCCUGUUUUCCUAUAUGCCAACCAUACCUAUGAUGCUGAAGACCUGUGGUGUGGUCUCCUAAGGAGUCGCUUGCUGACAUCUUAUAUUGCUACACAGGUCCGAUUUGCUUUAAGCUCGUCCUCCGUGUUUUCACAAACCAAUACAUCUACAGACUCAGAGAUGUUUUACCACAGCCUCCUCGACCUUUUCAAGGACCCGGAUGAAUCUAAAGAAGUUGACGAGCUACUAAUGUGGUGGAAUUGUCAGGUCUUCCCUACUUCUUCUGCCGCCAAGCGGCCUAUCAGCGCCAACAGUGCCUUGUUGAAAACUCAACUCAAACGCCUUGCGACUAAAAACACUGCAGCUUUAAAUGUUGUAGCCUCUACGUAG